UGCUCAACUAAGAUACUUGCAAGGGCCUUAGUCAAUUGCUAUUGGGGAGUGGCAUGGGAAAAUGCUCCCCCACUUCGAUAUGUCUCUCUGCCGAAUAAUACCUAAGUCUAUACUGGGCGCGGUCUUGUGUAAGAUACAUAAAGGGGCUCACGACUCGCCAUAAUAUUGUCUGACCCUCUAUGAAAUUCAGUUUUAAGGACCGACUUAACAUUCUGAACUUUCCGAUAUUCGUUUCAGGGCGGGAGAAAGAGAAGCAACAUGGCAUCUGAAGUCGCAAAGCUCGAGCUUCUGUCCAGUCUAGGUGUCGUCUACCGAGACGUCCUACCCAAUCCACCGCGAGACUGCACGCCGGACGAGAUCCCGGUCAUCGACCUGGCCCCCAUGUUCUCUGAUGAGCUUAGUGACCGUCAGCAAGUUGCCGCCAGCCUCAGGGCGGCGGCGACGAACUACGGAUUCUUCUACAUCAAGAACCACGGCAUCGCCCCGGGGACUAUCGCGCGGUGCAGGGAGCAGGCGAUCACCUUCAUGCGGCAGCCCCAGGAGAAGAAGGACCUCGUUGAUUCUCAUGUGCACAGCAAGUACUACAACGGCUACCUCGGGCUAAAGAAAUCGCGCAUCUCCCGUACCGAGAGCGUCGACGUCCGCGAGUCCUUCUCGUUCCGCUAUUCCCCCGAGCUCGACCCGGAGCAUCCGCAGAGCAUCUCCGAUAUCACCGAGGAAGUGAAACCUUGGAUCCGCGGCGAAGACUUUGUGUGGGAGGGCACAGCUCAUCUUCCGCGCUUCAAGGAGGACUGCCUCGCGUACUGGGGGAGCUGCUUGAAGCUAGCUAGGAAGCUGGUCAGAGUGUUUGCUCUUUCGCUAGGAUUGCCAGAAGAUUAUUGGGACGACAAAGUCACGUAUCCCGGGGCUGACGGCGUCUUUAAUUAUUACCGACCACGAACGACCGACGAGGCCGAAAACAACUUCGUGGGCCUAGGGAGCCACACGGACUUGCAGCUAUUCACACUCUUAUGGCAAGACAGCGUGGGUGGCUUGCAAGUGCUAUCCAGGGAGGGACAAUGGCUUAGGGCACCUCCGAUCGAGGGGACUUUCGUAGUCAAUAUCGGCGACUUCAUGAUGCGGCUUUGCAACGACAUUUACGUAUCCAAUGUCCACAGGGUCACGAAUGAGUCCACUGCCGAACGCGUUUCCAUGCCGUUCUUCUUCGGCCUCAAUUUCAACUGCGUCGAAGGCGUCGUACCUUCGUGUACUUCGGAGUCGAAUCCGGCCAAGUAUGAGCCGAUAUCGUGUGGUGACUGGUGUCAGCUGAGAUUUGGCCGGCAGAGGGAAGAAUUUCUCAAGAGGGAAGAGGCGAAGAAGGCGCUGGAGCCUAGUGCAACUGUGAUCGUUGCAUGACGGAGGGAGAAUUGCGUAGUACCUGUCAAUUUCGCCGCCUUCU